AUGAGCGAUCAGGAAGAGGCCGAUGGCGUCAAUAUAAAGCGAGACUCUGCUGCUACACGGUAUCCUGUUUCUCUUUGGCGAACGGAAGAAGAUCUAAGCAUGUCUGGACGUGGUGGCAAAAGCGGCAAAGCUAGAGCUAAGGCGAAGUCUCGCUCCUCACGCGCCGGUCUUCAAUUCCCUGUUGGUCGUGUUCAUAGGCUGCUGAGGAAGGGGAACUACGCAGAGCGCGUCGGUGCUGGAGCCCCAGUGUAUCUAGCGGCUGUGCUCGAGUAUCUGACCGCUGAGAUCCUAGAGCUAGCAGGAAACGCUGCCCGCGACAACAAGAAGACUAGGAUCAUUCCUCGUCACCUACAGCUGGCUGUCCGCAACGAUGAGGAGCUGAAUAAACUGUUGGGUGGAGUGACUAUCGCUCAGGGUGGUGUGCUACCCAACAUCCAGGCCGUGCUGCUUCCUAAGAAAACCGAAAAAGCGAAGUAAAGCUUCAGUAUUACAUGAAACGGCUCUUUUAAGAGCCACCCACUCAAAC